AUGGGUGACUCCUUUAUCAUAGCAAUAGACUUUGGUACUGCCUACAGCGGAUAUGCCUUCAGUGUGUCACCAAGAGAGGCACAAACUGAGCCCAUUCUGAAGACCUGGGGCAAGAAGUAUGGAUGUGACACCCCGAAGACUCCAACCUGCAUUCUUUUUAAUGAAAAAGAAGAAUUCAUUACGUUUGGUUAUGAUGCCAAAAUGGCGUACUGUAAAAUGGGUAAAACAGAAGCACAGGAAAAAUACUUCUUUGAAAACUUUAAGAUGUCUCUCUAUGGUACACAACUCGAUAGAAACAUGAUGAUUCCAGCAGCAAAUGGAAAGUCAAUGAAUGCCCUGAAAGUUUUCGCAGCGGCACUGCGCUACCUAAAGGAAGACGCACUGGACACCAUUAGUGCCCACACAUCAGGGCGGCAGUAUAUUGCCUCUGAUUUCACCUGGGUGCUGACGGUACCUGCUAUCUGGGAUGUCGCAGCAAAGCAGUUCAUGAGAGAAGCAGCAACUGAGGCUGGCAUUGUAACAAAUGAAUCAGCAAACCAGUUGGUAAUAGCACUGGAGCCCGAGGCAGCAUCAAUCUGGAGUAAGAAGCUCCCGGUUGAUGGUUUCAUCGCAGACAACCAAAGCAAGGACACACUAGAGCAAGCUCCAGGAACACAAUACAUUGUUGUUGAUUGUGGAGGUGGUACUGUUGACAUAAGUGUACAUGAAGUGCUGUAUGGAGGAGCCCUGAAGCAGCUGCACAAGGCUUGUGGCAACAAUAUGGGAGGACAAACAGUUGAUGAAAAAUUCAAAGAUUUCCUCAAAGAAAUAUUCCUGGAUGACCUCUGGGAUGAGUACGAAAAGAGUUAUCCUAGCGAGCUUCAGAGAAUCAUGUAUGACUUCACUGUUGUCAAACAAGUGGAUGACGAUGCCAGAAUCUAUUGCCCAUUUAACUUGGCAGAAUUAGCUGGGAAAAGGCAAAAGAUUGAUAUGUACUUCAAUCAGGUGCAAGGUGCAUCCUGGGAGGGUGGAGAAAUCAAAAUCUCAAGAGAGAAAAUGAAAUCCUUCUUUGCUGAGAGUGUAGGCAAGAUCACCAACAAUCUCAGAGAAAUCUUGAAGAAAGGUUUCAAAAUCCAGUACAUUCUGUUAGUGGGGGGCUACGCUUCAAGUGAUGUUCUGCGCAAGUACAUCACCAAUCAGUUUGCUGCUCAGUGUAAAGUGCUGUGCCCUUACAGGGCACAGGAGGCAAUUUUGAAAGGAGCUGUCAUGUUUGGAAAAACCCCAGAGGUUGUGGCAAUCCGGAAAAGUGCUUUUACUUAUGGGAUUGAUGUCUGGCAGAUAUUUGAUGAGUCCAUACAUAAGAAAGAAAAGAAAACCUCAAAUAAUGAUGGGCUCUGGUGUCGUGAUAUUUUCAGGAAACUGGUGGAAAUCGGUGAAGACCCUCAAAUAGAAGCCCCAGCACGGCUUAAAACCUGA